AUGCAGCCUUCUACAACUCAACGUGGUGUGCCAAACAGCACUAACGUAACAGGCCAAAUUGAUAAUCAUCAUUCUUCUACGCAUAACAGAAUUAAUGAUUAUCACCAAACGGCUAUUGAUAACAGCAAUAAUAAUAGAAACAACUUUAGUAGUAAAGUCAACCGACAGGAUUUACCACUCAGUGAGGUUGACCCAAAAGCCGCUAGGCAGAAAUCUACCGAAGAAAAAUUACAAUUAUGGGGAACUAUUCAAACAAUGCAAAGAGAAGGUAAAAUGCCCCAUAAUGGUCAAUUAGACGAACUUUUGGAGAAAUUGCAAUCGAACAAGGUUAUUUCCUCAAGAGAGCAUUUAAUGUCUGAAGAUGGCAGAGUUCUUUUGCACGACUUCCGAAAGCUGAUUGGCACAAUUCGCAGAGCUUUAGCCGAAAAAAAUCAGGAUGAACUAUUUCAAUCCCUUGUAUAUCAUCUGCAUUGUAUGGAAAGCCCUAUAAAAAAAGAACACCUCAAGCAAGACUCUGGUGGUGUGUCUGAUGGAACAAGGACCCCAAGCGGUCAAUCAACUGCUCAAACUGAAGGCAAAAAAGCUUCCGAAGCCCUGUAUCGUGUUGGAAAGCUUAUUCUUAUCAACAAUGAAUUCCGUUCUGUAUUGGGUGAUUUGAUUGAUAUCUCUCAAGAUAUAUUCAGCAAUGUUGCUGGUAAGGCAGGCGAAUCUUUCAAGAAAGCUGGCUCCAAUAUUGAAGACUCCGGCGAUACCGGUAAAUCUGGUAAACACUAUGUCGAUAGAGCUCUGGAUGCUGCUUUGAGUCACACAGAGAACAGAUAUGAUUCGUCAGACCAUUCGCAACAGCCACAUCUAAUCGAUGUGCCUCCCAGCGAUCACCGACAUCAAGGUCUUUUAAGCACUGGAGACUCCGUUCAUCCCAAUGCUCUUCCUGGUGCUUUCCCACAAGAUCAAGAACAAUUUAAUCACGCAAAAAGCCGUGCUAAUGAAAAGGUAAAGGAGCAUCCUACUUACCAAAAGGCUCGUGAUCAAUAUGAUGAGCAUAAACGUUUCGCUCAAGAUACUGUUAAGGAAAAGAUUCCUGAAGAAAAGCAAGACGAACUAUUGAGUCGCCUGAAGUCUGCUCUCAGUGAAAUCCAAAAGAACCCUGAUUAUCAAGAGGCUAUCAGUACUCUUUUUCAUUUGCUUGAUGUCUGGAGCACGCGUUUGAGUAAGGUAUCUCAAAAUGUCGUAAAUAAAGCAAAGGAAAACGACAGACCUGAGCAAAUGGACUACCGCGAGCAGGCCGAACGUGAAUUGAAGACUAUUAUUGAGACUUGGGCGCAAGGCUACUCUAUCGAUCCUCUUCUACAGGGUGUUCAAAAUGUAAUUAAAGACGCUCGUGAAGAUGACAAACUUCGUGAAUAUUAUGACCGUGUCAAGAAUUAUUUACAUCGUUUGAUGAAAGAGCCUGGAUAUGCUGCUGAUGAUCGCUCAACUGAUGAUGGUAGACGUUUAAUGGAUGAACGUGAUCGUAUUGUUAAAGGAAGAUACAAGGAUCAUCUUGACUACCUGUCUUCUGAAUCCCGCAAAUAUAUGAAUCUUAUGGCUGAAGACGAAGUUGCAAAGGAACUUCAUUCCAGACUCGCUAAAAUUCAUCGCGAUUUAUGGAGAGACAGAGAAGGAAACCCUGCGUUUAAACCUCAUUUGCUUAAUGACAUGAGAUUGACUCUACUUCCUGCUUUCAUCGAUGAAAUCAAGUAUAUUCCUAUUCCCCGUAUUGAAUACAGUGAUGCUCAAUACGAUAUCGCCAUAGAAAACUUGGUUAUUUCUGGCGAUACAUUGCUACCCAACAUCUUCGAAACCAAGAUUGACAGCUACAACAACUUUAGUCUUCGAGCUGAAGUGCCUAGUCAACCAAGUCACCAAACUUUGUUUGUCCGUAUGAGUGAGAUUCAAGCCGAUAUCAAUGAUGUUGUCUUUUACUAUAAGAAGAAAACUGGUUUCCCUAAGAUUUCCGAUCGUGGUGUAGCUUCUGUUGCUGUUGGUGGAAAGGGUAUCACAAUUACUGUCAAAAUUGCUAGUGUUGCUGAAAAUCCCGCUAAGACAUUCAAAGUUGCUGUCUGUAAAUGCAAUGUUGAUAACUUGAGUCUUAAGGUUAAUGAUAGCAAGCAUGAUAUUCUUUAUAAAACUAUUCGUCCUUUGGUUAUUGGCCAAAUCCGUAAGCAAAUUGCCAAGGGUAUCGAGCUCAAGUUGACCGAAUUAUUGAAUCAAGCUGAUCAGCGCAUCACCAGAACUCUUGUCCGAAUGAAUCAAGAUCUACAAAAUAGAGCUUACGAAGCUCUUCCUGAAAGUGAAAAGGCUCAAACCAGACCUCCAGUUGUCUCUCAAGCCCGUCAUCGUCCUGGCUUCUUAUCUACUCUUGUCUCAGUUGCCAACCACAAUAUCAGAAACAAGGUACAGCAAAGAAAUGAAGCUAAACGUUGGAGUCGCCUUUCACAAGACUCUGGAAGCCUUGCUCUUUCGCGAAACCAAAAUGACGAAAAGCGUCAAGUUAAUUCACCUACUGGAAAUCGUCCGUUCAGUCAACAACAUCAGCUUAGCUCACCAGCAGCGAUGGUAGAGCGUAUGGCUCACGAUACUCAUCCUACAUCUGGUCAACCUCCAGCAAUUGCCCAACAGCAACAUUACGAUGUAAUGGCGCGUCCUGAAGACAGAUCCAAUAAUAGAGAUACUUUCCAUGAUGUCCAUUCUACUACUGGUCAACCUCCUGCACUUCUCCAAGAACAAAACUAUGACCAAACAGCUCAUCCUGAAGACAGACCCAGUAAUAGAGAUACUUUCCAUGAUGUCCAUUCUACUACUGGUCAACCUCCUGCACUUCUCCAAGAACAAAACUAUGACCAAACAGCCCGUCCUCGUGACAAAGUUAUUCCUGAUCCCCGUCGACACAAGGAUAUGCUUCAUGGUAUGAAUCAGGAUGCACAUCCUACAUCUGGUCAACCUCCAGCAAUUGCUCAAGAACAACAUUAUCAUACAGGUCAUUCAGGAAAAUCCGAUUUUAAUCCUUCUCGCGAUAUUGCUGUGAAUAAUAACCAUAACCACGGUCAAGGACAUCAUGACUCUACUAUUGCAAAUCAUCCUAUGUACUCAUCCAGCCAUCAACCUACUUUGGGCCAGCCUCCUGCCAUUGCUCAAGAACAACACUAUCAACCAGCUCAGUCUAGCCCUGCUCAGAACGCAAACAGUCAAGCUUAUAAGCAACAGCACUACGGAACUCAAGACAUAAAUAAUGAUCAACUUCAUAAUGCUGCUUUUGGUCAACAGCCCCGUGCUUUACCUCAACAACAGCAUUUUGCUAAACAACCUCAAUCUAUGGGAAUUAACACAGAAUUUCCUUCUCGUCACCAUCAGGGACAACCACCUGCUUUUGAACGGGAUAAACAACCUUAUUAUGAAAUGCCUGGAAAACGAUUGGAUAGCCCACCUCGUUCACCUACAAACAAGAACUUCAACAAUACUGCCUAUUGCAAGAUUGCUAAUGACUUGGCCGAGGCUCAACAAGCUUAUGAGCAAGGUGCUGUUCAUACUACACCUGGUCGUCAUUAA